AUGGUUAAUACUCGCAAGGGUUCCUACAUGUCGCAACCAUCUGAAGAUGCACCUGAGGUUAUAAUUUCAUCACCUUCUGUGCGACAGGUGAAGGAAGAGGCCUCAAGUAAGUUGCAUGAAUCAGUGCUGUCUGAGUCUGUGCCUGUAGUGGGUGAGUCUUCUGUUCCUGCUUCUUCUGUCGUACAUGCACCUCGAGUUCCUACGACUAAUGUGUCAGAUAUGGAUUCGGAUGACCGGGAUGAUGUACCUUUAGCUCGAUUGUUGAAGAAGACCUUGAUUCUAUAUGUUUCAGAUAAACUUCCUGUUGAUCCCCCUAGCUCUAUUCAUUCACAAGAAACUCGUUUCCCUCCUGCAUCGGUACGUCCAUUUGCUUCGGUUCAUUAUCAUGAAUCUGUUCCUGAUGCUGUUCCUGGUGAUAUUUUUGCUGCACCUGUACGUCAUCCAAAUGAUCGCCAAGUUGAGGAUGAGGUGAAGCCUCAACACCCUGAUAUCGGCACUGAAGAAGUUCCUCUGAAUGAUGAUGAAAAUCCAACUAUUCUUUCUGCUUCUACUGAUAUACUCGCCGCAUCUAAGCCAGCAGAAAAGCAAGCUCAACAAAAGAGGCGUAAUAUAACUACCAAAACUGGCAGGAAGAAGAUUCCUCCAAAUAUUCCUUCUGUCCCCAUUGAUGGAAUAUCCUUUCAUCAUGAAGAGAGUGUCCAACAUUGGAAGUUUGUGGUGCAACGAAGGAUAACAUAUGAGCAUAUUAGGGAGUUUAUAGUUAAUUUGCCUGAUGAUUUUAAUGAUCCAAGUAGCCUGGAUUAUCAGACGGUUCAUAUUCGAGGGUUCAAAUUUGUGAUUUCUCCUACUGUGAUUAACGAGUUUUUAGGGAAUGUUAUUGAUGUUGGCUGUUCUCCAUCGUCUCCUUCCAAUGAUGUUCUGGCUUCUGUCUUAUCUGGUGGGACAUUGUCCACUUGGCCUGUAAAUGGAAUUCCUGCAAUCGCUCUCAGCAUCAAAUAUGCCAUUUUGCAUAAGAUUGGCAUUGCUAAUUGGUUCCUUUCCUCUCAUGCCUCCAGUGUAUCUGUUGCCUUAGGAACAUUUCUGUAUCAAAUUUGCAAUGAUGAUAAGGUGGAUACGAGUGCAUUGAUUUACAAUCAGCUGUUACGACAUGUUGGCUCAUUUGGGGUUAAGAUUCCCAUUGCUCUUCCGCGACUUUUCUCAAAUUUGUUACUACACCUCAAUGGAGCUGUGCUCACUGCAGCUGAUACUCUUGGACCUGACCCUAAAACAUUAACUCUUAGUUACAGACUCUUUCAGGGCAGUCAUAUGCCUGAUAUUGAUCGUGAUGUACAUCCAUCUCAUGGCCCGCGCGUUUUCGACACUAGUGACUGGGAUGAGUCUGCUGAAGGUUUCUUUGUUGAUCAUGAGUUAGCUGCCCGCAUUGUUAAUGCUCUGACAGCUAAAUCUUGUGCUUUAACUAACUCCAUCAAUCUGUUGUCUGAACGACGGUUGGAAAUCGAUGCCAUCAUUCGACACUUAAAGACCUUUGCUCCAUCUACUAGUUGUAGAGAAUCAGCUACUGAUUGA